CGGAGCCACUGCGCAUGCGCUAGUGUUCCUCCUGAGAGGAGGCAAAGAUGGCGGCGGGAGGGUGUUGCUGCUGCUGUUGCUGCGGAGAAAGAGAGAGCCGCACCCCGGAGGAGCUGACCAUCCUUGGAGAAACAGAAGAAGAGGAGGGCGAGAUCCUGCCCCGCAAGGACUAUGAGAGUUUGGAUUACGACCGUUGCAUCAACGAACCCUACCUGGAAGUCUUGGAAGGCCUGGACAGCAAGAAAGGUCGGCGCUAUGAAGCAGUUAAGUGGACGGUGGUGUUUGCCAUUGGGGUCUGCACUGGGCUGGUGGGUCUCUUUGUGGACUUCUUCGUGCGACUCUUCACCCACAUCAAGUUCCACGUUGUGCAAAAAUCGGUGGAGGAGUGCAGCCAACGCGGCUGCCUGGCCGUGUCCCUCUUGGAGCUGCUCAGCUUCAACCUCACCUUCAUCUUCCUCUCCAGCCUCCUCGUCUUGAUCCAGCCAGAGGCGGCCGGCUCCGGGAUCCCCGAAAUCAAGUGCUACUUGAACGGCGUGAAGGUCCCGGGGAUCGUGCGCCUGCGGACCCUGCUCUGCAAGGCCUUGGGGGUGCUCUUCAGCGUGGCCGGAGGUCUCUUUGUGGGGAAAGAAGGACCCAUGAUCCACAGCGGGGCCAUUGUUGGGGCCGGCCUUCCUCAGUUCCAAAGUAUUUCUUUAAGAAAGAUCCGGUUCAACUUCCCCUAUUUCCGCAGCGACAGGGACAAAAGGGACUUUGUCUCGGCCGGAGCGGCGGCUGGGGUGGCGGCGGCCUUUGGGGCCCCCAUUGGAGGGACACUCUUCAGCCUGGAAGAAGGCUCUUCCUUCUGGAACCAAGGCCUCACCUGGAAAGUGCUCUUCUGCUCCAUGGCGGCCACCUUCACGCUGAACUUCUUCCGCUCCGGGAUCCGCUUCGGAAGUUGGGGCUCCUUCGAGUUGCCGGGGCUGCUCAACUUCGGAGAGUUCAAGUGCUCGGAGUCGGACAAGAAGUGCCACCUGUGGACGGUGGUGGACCUGGGCUUCUUCAUCCUGAUGGGGGUCCUGGGGGGCCUCCUGGGGGCCGCCUUCAACUGCCUCAACAAGCGCCUGGCCAAGUACCGCAUGCGCAACGUCCACCCCAAGCCCAAGCUGGUCCGGGUCUUGGAGAGCCUCCUCGUGUGCCUGAGCACCACCCUUGUGAUCUUUGUCGCCUCGAUGGUUUUGGGGGAGUGCCGCCCCCUUUCGUCCGCCAAUCACGGAGACAACGCCUCGUUCAGCCUGCAGGGCUCAUCGUCUGAAGAAGUGAAUUCCAGCAUCAAGACCUUCUUCUGCCCCAACGACACCUACAACGACAUGGCCACCCUCUUCUUCAACCCCCAGGAGUCGGCCAUCCUGCAGCUCUUUCACCAGGAGGGCACCUUCAGCCCUGUCACGCUCUCCUUGUUUUUCCUCUUGUACUUCUUGCUUUCCUGCUGGACUUACGGGAUUUCGGUGCCCAGCGGCCUCUUUGUCCCUUCCUUGCUUUGCGGUGCGGCCUUUGGGCGCCUGGUGGCCAACCUCCUGAAAAGCUACAUCGGUCUAGACCACAUCUAUUCGGGGACAUUUGCGCUGAUCGGAGCGGCGGCCUUCUUGGGCGGUGUGGUCCGCAUGACCAUCAGCUUGACCGUCAUCCUGAUCGAGUCCACCAAUGAGAUCACAUACGGGCUGCCCAUCAUGAUCACGCUGAUGGUGGCCAAAUGGACCGGCGACUUCUUCAACAAGGGCAUCUACGACAUUUACAUCAACCUGCGGGGAGUCCCGUUGCUGGAAUGGGAAACCAAAGCUGAGAUGGACAAGUUGCGGGCCAGCGACAUCAUGGAGCCCAACCUGAUGUACGUCUACCCGCACACGCGCAUCCAGUCCCUGGUGAGCAUCCUGCGCACGACGGUGCAUCACGCCUUCCCCGUGGUCACCGAGAACCGGGCCUACGAGAAGGAGUUCAUGAAGUGGGACCAGCUCAUCAGCAACAACAUCAAGUUCAAGAAGUCCAGCAUCCUGACCAGGGCCAGCGAGCAGCGCAAGCGGAGCCAGUCCAUGAAGUCCUAUCCGUCCAGUGAGCUGCGCAACGUUUGCGAGGACCGUGUGGCGGCGGAGGAGCCUUCGGAGACGGAGGACAUGCUGCAGCAGAUGCUGGAACGGAGGUAUACUCCGUACCCCAACUUGUACCCAGACCAGUCGCCCAGCGAGGAGUGGACCAUGGAGGAGCGCUUCCGCCCUUUGACCUUUCACGGCCUGAUCCUACGCUCGCAGCUGGUUACUUUGCUCGUGAGGGGCGUUUGCUAUGCCGAGAACCAGUCGAGUGCCAACCAGCCCCGCCUCUCGUACGCGGAAAUGGCAGAGGAUUAUCCUCGCUAUCCAGAUAUCCACGACUUGGACCUCACUCUCCUGAAUCCCAGGAUGAUCGUGGACGUCACUCCCUACAUGAACCCCUCGCCUUUCACCGUCUCGCCCAACACCCACGUCUCCCAAGUCUUCAACCUUUUCCGGACGAUGGGGCUCCGGCACUUGCCAGUGGUAAAUGCUGUUGGAGAGAUCGUGGGCAUCAUCACCCGGCACAACCUGACCCACGAGUUCCUCCAGGCCCGGCUCCGGCAGCAUUACCAGACCCUCUGACCAGACCUCCGGGCCCCUUUGACCGUCCGGUUUGCACACUGGAACCCAAGCCCAGACUUAAUGGAAGACCCCUGAACGUUUCUGGGAAAACUAAACAUGGAUCAAACUCUUUUGUUUUGUUUCCCAGUGUGUGUCGUCAGCUGCUUUUCGGACCAACUCUAUUCCCGACCUUGGAGCACUAGAAACACUCAAAUCAUGGCUUUUUCUUUUUUUCUUUUUGCCAUAUUCCAGGCAAGAAAGGCAAAGAAUCCCAAGAAUUAUUUUUUUUUCUUAAUAAAGGCAAGUGGGAUUGGGUUGCUGUGAGUUUUCCGGGCUGUAUGGCCAUGUCCCAGCAGCAUUCUCUCCUGACGUUUUGCCUACAUGUGUGGCUAAUGGCAUUUCAGAUGUUCUGUUGGACAGUGAGGCAAGCGGACUGUAUAUAUAUGUAUACGUAUACGUGUGUGUGCAUAUAUAUAUAUAUAUAUAUACACACACACACACACGUACAUACAUACACACAUACACAUACAUACAUGCAUACAUAUACAUAUAUGUACACAUAGACACACUUGUGGAAUAAUGUCUAGGGUGUGAAAAAGGCCCUUUGUGUGUGUAUGUAUGUAUAUAUGUGUUUAUAUCUAUGUGUGUGUGUGUGUGUGUGUGUGUGUGUAUAUAUACAUAUAUAUGUAUAUAUGCGGACACGUAUACAUAUAUGUGUAUAUAUGUAUAUGUAUAUAUGCACACACACACACUUAUACAUAUAUAUACAGUCCGCAUGCCUCACUGCCCAACAGAACAUCUGAAAUACCAUUAGCCUGAGAUGCGGGCGAAACGUCAGGAGAGAGUGCUGCUGGAGCGUGUCCAUACGGCCCGGAAAACUCACAGCGACCCAGUUGUUCCGGCCACAAAAUCCUUGACAACGCAAGCAGGAUUCUUCGCAUGCCUCUGUCCCUCUUUUUGUGCCAAUCAUGUUUUCUGUUUUUGUUCGGGUCCAAAGGAAGACGGAAGGAAGGAGGAUUUGAACCCGUUUCCCGCGUCUACGGAGAGCAAAAGAGCAUUCCUCGCUAAUGAGGAAGCAGCGGUUGCUGCUAAUGAGACAAACGCCGCUGAUGUCAUUCGGGGGUAAUCUCUUUAUUUUUGUCUUUAUUGUGAACAUUUGGAGGAGAUGUUGACGUCCCGAGCCCUUUUGUGCCUGAACGGAGCCCUGCAAAGGCCAUUUCCACCACAAGUUUUAAUUGCCUUCCGAGGCCGUGGCGGAGUCCCAGGGUGGCCCCAUCCAGCUCUGACCGCCCUGGGCUUUAUAGUUUUACGGCUCGGCAAGCUCCCGCCAGCCUCUGGCGUUGAUUUGUUUUCGCCUUCCGAUGGAUCUGAUAAAGCACAGCAACGGAUGCCUCCCGGGAGCUAAGCGGCACCAGGCCUUUUCCGGAUUCUGACCGUUUUUUAUUUUCCAGAUGGUAUCAUUGGUUUGACUGCAAGUCCCACCAUCCCUGGCUGCCUUGUGGCGCCGGUCUGUGUCCAACCGGACGAUGGGAGAUGCGUUACGGAUCCCGUCAGCCCUGGUUGACAUGACUGGAGUUGAAUUACAUGGGUGGCAACAAGGGAUGAUGGGAGUUGCAUUACGGAUCCCGUCAGGCUUUCAAUGUGGCCAGUAGCAGAGGGUGAUGGGAGUUGCAUUAUGGAUCCCAUCAGCCACCAUCAAUAUUGACUAUAGAGCACAGCUGAGUCAAUACAACUGGUAGCAAGGGAUGAUGGGAGUUGAAUGGCAUGGAUGAUGGGAGAUAGGACUUGAAUGACCUGGAUGGUGGCAAGGGAUGAUGGGAGUUGCGGUACAUAUCCCAUCAGCCACUAUCAGUAUUGACUGUAGAGCACAGCUGAGUCAGUACAACCGGUAGCAAGGAAUGGUGGGAGUUGAAUGACGGGGAUGAUGGGAGGUGGGAGUUGAAAGAUGUGGGUGGUACCAAGGGAUGAUGGGAGUUGUGGUACAGAUCCCAUCAGUCAUCAGUAUUAACUGUAGAGCACGGCUGAGUCAAUACAACUGGUAGCAAGGGAUGAUGGGAGUUCAAUGACGUGGAUGAUGGGAGUUCAAUGACAUGGAUGAUGGGAGAUGGGAGUUGAAUGACAUGGCUGGUAGCAAGGGAUGGUAGGAGUUUCAUUACGGAUCCCAUCAGAUUGUCAAUGUGGCCAGUAGCAGGGGAUGAUGGGAGUUGUAUUACAGAACCCAUCAGUCAUCAUCAGUAUUUACUGUAGAGCACGACUGGGUCAAUACAACUGGUAGCAAGGGAUGAUGGGAGUUGCAGUACAGAUCCCACCAACUAUCAUCAAUAUUGACUAUAGAGCGUGACCGAGUCAAUACAACUGGUAGCAAGGGAUGGUGGGAGCUGUACUACAGACCCCAUCAGCCAUCAUCAAUAUUGACUACAGAGCAUGACAGUCAGUACGCUGGUAGCAAAGGAUGAUGGGAUUUGCAAUACGGAUCCCAUCAGCCAUCAUCAAUAUUGACUGUAGAGCACGAUAGUCAAUAUGGCUGGUAGCAAGGGAUGAUGGGAGUUGCAUGAUAUGGAUGAUAGCAAGGGAUGAUGGGAGCUGCACUAUAGAUCCCAUAUGUCAUCAUCAAUAUUGACUGUAGAGCAUGGCUGAAUCAAUACAACUGGUAGCAAGAGAUGAUGGGAGUUGCAGUGCAUGGAUGAUGGGAGCUGCAUUACAGAUCCCAUCAGCCAUUAUCAGUAUUGACUAUAGAGCCCGACUGAGUCAAUAUGGCUGGUAGCAAGGGAUGAUGGGAGUUGCAUGACAUGGAUGAUGGGAAUUGCACUACAGAUCCCAUCAGGCUUAGUCAAUAAGGCUGCUAGCAGGGGAUGAUGGGAGUUGCAUUACAGAUCCCAUCAGCCAUCAUCAGUAUUGACUAUAGAGCCUGACUGAGUCGAUAUGGCUUGUAGCAAGGGAUGAUGGCAGUUGCAUGACAUGGAUGAUGGGAAUUGCACUACAGAUUCCAUCAUCAGUAUUGACUAUAGAUUACAACUGAGUCAAUAUGGCUGUUAGUGAGGGAUGAUGGGAGUUGCACUACAGAUUCCAUCAUCAGUAUUGACUAUAGAUUACGACUGGGUCAGUACAGCUGGUAGCAAAGAAUGGUGGGAGUUGCACUACAGAUCCCAUCACGCUUAGUCAAUACGGCUGGUAGCAAGGGAUGAUGGGCGUUGUAUUACAGAUCCCAUCAGCCACCAUCAAUAUUGAUUAGAUUACGGGAUGACUGAGUCAAUAUGGCUGGUAGCAAAGGAUUGCAGAUCCCAUUAGCCAUUAGCAGAUAAGAGGCCCCUUUUUGCCCUCUUUUUAGGUCAGUAUUAUCUAGUCAGGGAUAAUGGGAAUUGUAGUCUUAACAAAAUAGAUUUUCCUUCCUCCGCAAACAGGACUGGGUUCAAAUGCGCUGUAUCAGUAUUAUAAAGUCAAUCAUCAUUUGGGAUCCUCGUUCAGCCCAGGACUCCAGUUCCCAUCAUCCCCAGAUGACUCCGAAGCCAACGUUUCCUUAAUUUAUUAUUAUUGUUGUUUUGCAAUUUGCACUUUAAUUUUUUUGGUUGUUGUUAUUUUGGGGGAACUAAUGCCACUGUGUGUACGUAUAUAUACAUGUUUAUUAUUAUUUUUGUAAUCAUGUAUUUUUUUUAUAUAAUUUGCGUCGUCUCUGAAACAAGGAACACCAUUAAAAACGAAACCGAAAUGCG